CAUAGACACGAAGAUCUACGAACACCAGACUGUUCACGUCAAAGCCGAACACAUUUUCGACUACAUGCGAGAAAUGGAGCGCUACCUUGAUCUUUUCCCGGUCCCGUUCAAGAUCAUCGGCAACUGGAUCGUGGACCAGGGCGGCAGCGGAGAGUUUGCCAUGAUGUCGCAAUGGGAAAGCCAGACGCAGCGAAAGGAGGCUCUGAUGAAGUAUAUGACAGAUCCUGGCUUCGAAUUCUACCUUAGUCGCAUCGGUCCGAUGUGUCACACAUUCCACAAAAAUACCCUGCGAGCCUGUCCGGGCUUCGAAAUGAGCAUUCCUAGCAAGCCAAGCGAAUACGAAAUGGUGAUGUACCGCUUUAAGCACGAAGGCCAGUCGACGGAGGUCUUAUUCACGGACAUGGGCGACAUGGCGAGCGACCUAAGAUCGCACAUGGCCAAGCUAGGUCCGGACACGGGCGGCGUUGUCGGCGCCUGGUUCACGGAGUACGGGACGCCUGGCGACAUGGCUGUGGUGUACCACUAUCCCGACAUGCAGUGGCGCGAAAACGUCUUCUGGCCGUCAAUGGUCAGUGGUGACUUCAAAAAGACAGUCGAGACAUGGGGAAAGAAGCUUGAUAAGGUGACCAACAGAAGUCUGAUUGUGGUUCCAAAUCAGCAGGUAUUGUUGAAAUAGGUGGUGCCACUAUGGAGACGAUCGCUCCGCGGAUGAAUGACAGCAGAUGUAGAAACGUUAUUUCAUGGAAUAGAUAGAAAUAAGAUAGUUUGCUAAAAUUAAUAAUAAGCUAUAAUUACUAAAUAUUGCUAUAAACUAUAAAGUAAUAAGUAAAUAAGUAAAUAAGCUAUAAUUACUAAUAAUUGCUAAAUAAUAAGCUAAAAUAAUAGAAAUAAUAGAAUUUGGUUGAUGUGACGCUAGUUCAAAGACUAUUUGCUGUUUUUUGAUUAGCUCAAUAACAAACCUAAUACAUAUA